CACACGCAAUCUCCGCCUUCCCGUUAAAUUUACUCCGGUGCCGGAGAAAUGGAAAACGGCGUUCAGCAAACACAGGCCACCACAACGCCACCAUCACCUCCGAUGCCAAAAGUUGGCGUAGCGGUGUUCCUUUUGAAUGGAAGUAAAGUUCUGUUGGGGAAACGCCUCUCCGCCGUCGGCCAUAGCACCUUUGCACUUCCCGGCGGCCAUCUGGAGUUCGGGGAAAGUUUUGAAGAGUGCGCAACGAGGGAGGUGAAGGAGGAAACAAGAUUGAUAAUUGAUAAAACCGAGUAUCUAACGGUGACUAACAAUGUCAUCUCAGAGAAAGUUCACACCGUUUGCGUAUUCAUCAGAGCAGUCCCUGCUGAUAUUAACCAGAAGCCUGAAACACUUGAACCUGAUAAAUGUGCUGGUUGGGAUUGGUAUGAAUGGAACAAUCUCCCUAAACCACUCUUUGGUCCUUUAGAAGAUAUGGUCCAAAGUGGCUUCAAUCCUUUUCCAACUACUUGAUAGUUAACUGUUUUGCUAAGUAUGUAGGAUUCGAUGUUGCUAGGAUUGAUCACUAGUUCGAGCGGUGGAAUCAAUCCUUGAUGUUUGUGUUAGAGUAGUUUGUCUACAUUACACCCUCUAGUGGUACAGUCCUUCCACGGACUCUACAUAAUAGCGGAAUGCUUUGAGCAUCUAACUAUCCCAACACUAGUGUUUUGGUUUUGUAAUGGCAAGUGAUUCUUGAAUAUGCUAUGUUAUUUGUAGUAAUAUAAUAGCUAUUUAAUAUGAAA